GAGAAAGUAACUCGAAAUGAAGAUUGUGUUAAUAGUCGCUUGUUGUCUUGUUUUCCUUUUGGGUUCAAAGGAAUUGACUCAUGCUGUCACGGUCUGUGUUAUCAAUGUGAGAAAUUGUCGCUCAACAGUGCAAGUUUGUGGUCGUUAUGGUUCCUCCAGUCUCUGUACCAGAUUCAGCAAUAGAUGUGCUCUACAACUAGCCAAUUGCAGAGGUGGUCGCGGAUACACUGAAGUCUCAAGUACUUUAUGUACUGGUAUAAGUGUCGGUAGACGUGCUCGUUGUAAUGGCAGUAGUACUAGUAGUAGUACUUCCGGUGUAUUAACAAAUUACCUAAAUAAUUUAUUGGGUACUAGUGCAGUCAGCAGUAAUAGAGUUACUCCCAUUAUUAUUAGAGGUUAAAUAAACUGCGAUUUAACUA